AUGAAAGGCAUUCAGGUGGCAGAAUAUGUCAAGGGCCCGGAAAAGCUCAAGGUGACGGAUCUGCCCGACCCCAAGCCUGGCCACAACGACUACCUGAUUGAGGUCCAUGCCGCCGCGACAAACUUCUUUGACGUGCUCCAGAUCCAGGGAAAAUACCAGCACCAGCCUCCCUUCCCAUGGGUCGGGGGCGCCGAGUUCGCCGGUGUCGUGCUGGCCACGCCCUCGGGCUCGGUAAAGCCCAAGUUCCCCGUUGGCUCCCGCGUGUUCGGCGCUACCCAGGGAGCCUACGCCACCAAAGCCACCGCUAGGGAGUCCAUGAUGCUGCCUGUGCCCAAAGGCUGGACCUUCCAGGAAGCAGCUGGACUGUUCGUGACAGCCCCCACGAGCUACGGCGCAUUGGUUGUUCGCGCGGGCGUGAAGUCAGGCGACUACGUGCUUGUCCAUGCCGCGGCGGGAGGCGUCGGUCUGGCUGCUGUUCAAGUUGCCAAGGCGUUUGGCGCAACAGUAAUAGCCACGGCGGGCACCGCGAGGAAGCUCGAGGUGGCCAAGUCCUUUGGGGCUGACCACGUCGUCGACUACCGGGAUGAGAAUUGGCCCGAGAUUGUCAAGAAGCUCACGCCCAAGGGAAAGGGCGUCGACAUUGUCUAUGACCCCGUGGGCAUGGUCGACAAGAGCACAAAGUGCACAGCCUGGAACGGCCGCAUCCUGAUUGUGGGCUUUGCGGCCGGCAAGAUCGAAAAGGUGGCUAUGAACAAGGUCCUGCUCAAGAACAUCAGCCUCGUGGGCAUCCACUGGGGGCAGUACUCGGUCCACGAAAAGCAGACAGUCGUAAGCGUCUGGCAGGGGAUUGUGAAGCUGAUUGCUGAGGGCAAGUUUCGGGGAACUGAAUUCACCGACAAGGAAUUCGUCGGACUCGAAUCGGUCCCCGACGCACUCUCCGCUCUCGCCAGCCGGGGUACCUGGGGCAAAGUCGUCGUGAAAGUGCCCCAGGAUUGGCAGAGCAAGCUGCCAACCGCCAAGCUGUUUUCCUCAUCCAUCCGCCGCACUCUUCGCUCCAGCGCGACUGGUCUCUCAGUAGCUGCUGCCGCAACCCUCUCCAAGAAGAACUCAACCUACCACACUGAGCUUCAGUCGCUCGGCAGCAGGAAAAUGCAUAACAAAGUUGUCAUUAUCGGCUCUGGGCCGGCCGCCCACACGGCCGCCAUCUACCUGGCCCGCGCCGAGCUGAAGCCCGUCUUGUACGAGGGCUUCAUGGCCAACGGCAUCGCCGCCGGCGGCCAAUUGACUACGACGACCGAUGUCGAGAACUUCCCCGGUUUCCCCAAGGGCAUCAUGGGCCAGGAGCUCAUGGACCAGAUGCGCGCGCAGUCGGAGCGCUUCGGCACAAACAUCAUCGGCGAGACGGUCGCCACGCUCGACCUCUCUGCGCACCCCUUCAGGUACUCGACCGAGUGGUCGCCCGAGGAGGUGCACACGGCCGACGCCAUCAUCCUUGCCACGGGCGCCUCGGCCAGGCGCCUCGGCCUGCCCGGCGAGGACAAGUACUGGCAGAACGGCAUCUCGGCCUGCGCCGUGUGCGACGGCGCCGUGCCCAUCUACCGUAACAAGCACCUGGUCGUGAUUGGCGGCGGCGACUCGGCCGCUGAGGAGGCCCUGUUCCUGACAAAGUACGGCAGCCACGUCACGGUGCUGGUGCGCAAGGACAAGCUGCGCGCCAGCAGCAUCAUGGCCAAGCGCCUGCUGGGCCACAGCAAGGUCACGGUGCGCUACAACACGGUGGGAGCCGAGGUCAAGGGCGACUCCAAGGGGCUCAUGAGCCAGAUGGUGGUCAAGAACGUCGUCACGGGCGAGUUGGAGACGCUCGAGGCCAGCGGGCUCUUCUACGCCAUCGGCCACGACCCGGCCACCACGCUGGUGAAGGGGCAGCUCGAGACGGACACGGAGGGCUACGUCGUGACAAAACCUGGCACCACCUACACCAGCGUCGAGGGUGUGUUCGCGGCGGGCGACGUUCAGGACAAGAGGUAUCGCCAGGCUAUUACCAGUGCAGGCUCUGGAUGCAUGGCUGCUCUCGACGCCGAGAAGUUCUUGGCAGAGAUUGAAGAAACCACCGAAGAACAUGGCAAGGCUAAGAAUGGGAGCCUGUAA